GUCCGCAGCCAUUUUGACUGAAGCCAUUUUGGCUGCAGUUUUGCUGGUUUGGAGCUUCAGUCUUCCGAUCGCAGCCGACCCUCAGCGUAUCGUCUACAGUGAUGGCCCGUGUCCUCGGACUCUUGUGCUUGCUUCAUUCGUUUGCUCCGCUCUUGGCAGAAGAUGGGGCCGUGGUGUUCGUCGUCGAUCCCAGCUGGGACUGCGUGGAGAGCUACGUUGCUCACGUACCUCUACUGCAGAAGUACAAAAUCGUCAAGGUCAUGACACGUCUUGGGACGGCACCCCCGUGCAACAUGGGCCGGGCCGAUAUCUACAGGAAUUUCACGUUCAACUCGGCGACGCCCAACGACUCCGCGGCCGCCGAAGGCAUCUGCCCCGAGUUGCUGAGCUUGGGCGUCCCUGUCAGGGCUGUCAUCCCGACGCACGACCCUGCGGUGUACCUGGCGGACCGGCUCGCGGUUUGUGUCGGGGUGCGGGGGAACCCGUUCGAGGGGCCUCUGGCGAAGGCCAGGCGCGACAAGUGGGUCAUGGGCGAGGCCGUGCGCAAGGCUGGGCUCCGCGCCGUCCACGAGAAGGUUGUCUCCACGUGGGGCGAGGCGAAAGCGUACCUUCAGUCUUUGGAUCCGCCCCUGUCCCCCGCCAACCCCGUCAUCUUCAAGAUCCUCGAGGGCUCCAGCAGCGAGGGCGUGAACAAGGUGUACAGCCUCGGGCAGGCCGAAG